GUACCGUAAACUUCAAAUCCGAAGAUAUACAGCCGGUUUUGUCCUCCCAUAUUGAUCCCAAGAGUCCUGGGCCUCCAUGGCGAUGACAGAGUAACUCUAGACGAGGGGCCAGCAAUGGUGCUACGGCCGCACACGCGAUCGCGGAGCCAACCGCGGACGAGUCUAACUUGAUCCACGACCCAGUACGCACGGACACUCGCGAAUUGGCAGAUGAAGACACAGAUGAGGAGAGAAGAGGCGGUCGGGGUGGUGGUGGUGGUCGGGGGCGGACGAGGGAGAGCGAGAGGGACGACUUACUAUGGAGGAGGGGGAAACCCAAGCAUUGGACUAUGGAACACGAACGGCGUCACGCGUUACGAGGAAUGCGAUCGCUUUACGAACUGGUGGAAGCGGCUCUUUAACAAGAACGUCAAGAAGUGCCCCAAGCGAGACGAAGAAGAAGAGUGGCGUCGUCUUCGAGGUUAAUCGUCAAAUGAACAGAGAGUCACGGUAUAACUCCUCAAUCCAUCGUUGUACUGGAGCCAUUGCUUAUUACUUUGAUCACUCGUGGGAAAUCAAAAGUAAGGAGUCACCCGAAUCGCUGCUCGACCUAACAGAGAUACUUCCCAAAUGCUUCUUGAUGCACAAUACUGAAUGUGUUCUACAUAAGUGGAUAACACCGCUUUAGUCUUAGCACACUCGACAAAACUAUUGAUACUGACUCUAUUGACCUCUAUUGACUCAGCCACGUUCGAUUAACCCAACUACUCAUUGCAAAGUAUAGUUCUUUACCGUCGCGACAUAAUGUGAAUGAAAUAGUAACUGAAC